AUGGCUUCCCUCCAGUUCAUCGAGCCUGCCGGCACAUUCUCCUCGUCAAUCCCCGCGCAACAAUCCUCAGGAUCUCUCCGGUCCCUCUCAGCCCCAUCAGCAACAUCAGGACUUUGUUCUGUUCGAGAGCACAGCGCCUUUACAGGCCAAAAUCGUCGUCACUCUGCUCAUCUGACCCCAUCUUCUUCUGCCUCGUCUUUGCAGAACCAGAGAGUCGCUGCGAUCAUAAACGCUACUGGACAUUCUAUUCAUACCUCGGGUCUUACCAACCGGUUUAAUCAAAAUCAAUCCUCUGCGCAGAGCCCUCAUCAGUUCUACGCUUCAUCUGCGCCCUCAUCUUCCACCUCAUUGCAACAACAGCGUCCGACUCGACCUCCGGUCCCGCUGUUUUCGCAAUCCACAGGCAACAUCCCGCAAACUCCAAACAUGGCUAUGCAAGGUACAUUCACUGCUCCAACUUUUGCUGCGAACUCCCAUGACUCACGCCGUACAGACAUGGACCUUUUUGACGAAUUCACUGCAUUCGAGGGUGGAGCCUCGUCUGCCGGCACGUACAACAACCCCUCGGCCUUCCCCUCGCCAGCCGUUCCAACAAUGUACGACAACCAGAAUUUAUCUUCAUCAAGCUCCACCAACAUGGGUACUGUUUCUCCUCAAGAUUUGCUUGUUCGCGAUCCCUUCGCAUCUGCACCAAAUUCCACUUCAUUCACAAACUUGACCUCUCCUUCAACGUACGGCGAGUCUCCCGAAUACAACGGCGAUUUUGACGUAUCUCCAUAUGUCCACGGCGACGAUUUCGGUAAUGCACAGAUUGCUGGUGACCCAUGGUAUCCUCUGUUCCCUCAGGAUGACCAGGUCAGCGAGCAAACAAAAGUCGAAGAGUCACCUCUUCUCCCCGAGGAGGAGCUUGAGGUUUCUGAGCAUCUCCGCGCAUCUGGCCGUCGUCGCUCCGGUACAGCUGGGUCUCCACCUGGCUCUCACUCAUCUGUCUCUGGCGUCAACUCUCGAAAGCGCGACAAGCCUCUUCCACCUAUCAUCGUUGAAGAUCCUAACGACACAAUCGCCAUGAAGCGAGCACGCAAUACUCUUGCAGCUCGUAAAUCUCGACAACGGAAGAUGCAGAAGAUGGAAGAGCUUGAGGACGAGCUCGAGAAGGUUAGGAAUGAACGUGAUCACUGGAAGAGCAUUGCUUUGAAGCGUGGGGGUGGAUCAUCUCACUGA